AAAAUGAAACCGACGUAUUUCUGGCUGUUAUGCGCUUUGACGGUGCUAGUCGCGAGUAGUAAAUUGCGAUGCGAGAAAGACGAGGUGGUUUCUGAAUGCGCGUCGCCUUGUCCAGACACUUGCGCACCAAACUUUAACAGUGGCAUCGCCUGCCCAAAGAAGCGGUGCGUGGUCGGUUGCGUGUGCAAAUCGGGCUACGUCAGAGACGACACCGGAAUAUGUGUUCUGAGCUCACUGUGUCCCCCACCGCCCAGUCAGCAAUGCGACGGUCCCAACCAGGCGUUCACUACUUGCGGCACCGCCUGUCCUGAAACUUGUCACGGACCAAAAACAAACUACUGCGUGUUGAUUUGCAAAAUCGGCUGCGCGUGCAAACCGGGCUACGUUUUGAAUGAGAAAACGGGUCAGUGCGUGCACAGAUCGGAAUGCUGACUGUCAUUCGUCCGUGAUGCGGACGGCGUCCAGGGCCAACUAUUCUAUAAUUUAACCAUAAAACGCCCGACGAAUGUGAUAUUUCGUAUGCUUUAAUUGUUGUUUUUUUGAAAAUAAACGUUUUUCCAAG